AUGUCGAGGUCGAUCUUUACCUCUGCAUUUCGAUACCUCUCCGACUUCGUCCGACCUGCGCAGACCCCAACCUCCAACUCCACCGAUCCACACGGCCUUACAAGGGGAAGGGAGAGGGAGAAGGACGAUGUUUCUGGCGCACAAUAUGUCAGAUCCAGUGGGUUACAGGGCUACGCGAAAAGAAAACGCAAAGCCGAGGAGGAGCAUCCCGAUGAACAGCCGACAAAACUUGCCAGGAACAAAGAUCGACUAGCCUCACUCCCAUAUGAUGGCGAUGCUAAUUCGAACAUGGCCGGUCGUGAUGCUGUCACCCGGCUUGCAGUGAACGACAGUACGAGGACGCAGGAAGAUAUAGACCGAACUUUGAUGCCACCUCCGCCUACGCCACAUCGAUUUGCCAAUUACAAGUCCAGGCAGGGCCGGGAUUCAAGUACGAAUUCGGGAUUGGCUACGUGGCGCGAUGACGAUGCGAUAUCUUUUGCGUCAUCAACAUUGGCAAGAAGAAAAAUCGAUGACAUGGAUGAUCAUGCUAUGGAAGAAGCAAGAAGACAUGCCGCGGCCAUCAGGCUACCCCCAAACUCCGGAAUCUGGUCACAGACGGAGCGUGAGGUCUUUUUCCAUCUUGCCUAUCGAGGGUUUGAGGCAUUGUUACCGGAGAACUGGAUGCUCGAUUUCGACACCUUGCCAAUCAGCCUCUUUGCAGAUGCGAAUACCGCAGAUCCGGUCGUUAUCCACAACGUCAGAGAUAAUCAAUUCCGAGCAUGCCAUGCCCUCCGUCGACUUUUCGAAGCUGGCCACGACGUCAGAGAUCGGACCCACGUUAGCCCCGGCUCAAAACGAGAGAGGAUCCUCGAACAGGCGGUGAGACGGUACCUCUACUGGGCCUUGACGGAUGUUGGACUUCGGCCUUCGUCAAGCUCAAAAUACAUCCCUGUUCAUGCUGUGGUCACUAAACGUACCGGCCGUUCUACCCUCCAAACCCUGGAGGAGAUAGCCAUAAAGUUACACGGCCUCUCGCAGCGACAUCAUCAAGCUCAGGGCGUACAUCCCAGUAUUGAAGUCUACGAUCAGCAUACUGGAGACGCAGACGAGACUAGGCUCAUGACUGACAACGAGUUCUCACCUACGCUCGUAGGCCUGGUGAUCAUCUCUUCAGUGCUUGCGAUCGUAACACUGAGCCCUUUUUCCGGUCUGGCGCCAGAGAAAUCGACCAGUCAGACAGUCUCUCCACCAAAUUCUGUCUCCAACCCGUCAACCCAUGCCACAGAGUUUAACCCUGAUAGAUUGAGAAUCAUCGCAGAGUUUGAUUUCAGCCAAAAAGACCAAGACGUCUGGAAUGCUCUUGGGGUAGCUAUCGUGGCAAUGCAGAUCCGAAAGGAGGCUUUGAAGGCGAAUUUUGGGUUAUCGUACGACGAUAUUGACGUGACCGGUGGCGAAACAAUAUCGAUGGACGGGUCAAGAUUUGAUGAUCUGGAUGAAACAUCUGGGAAUGUCUCCAAAUUGGACGUGGACAAUGAUCCGGAUCUUUGA